CACUAGCAAUCCUCGACCAAAUUCAGUGGCAGCGGAGCGAGAACGAAACCCCUUAUUAAUAUUCGUGGUGGAACUGGGGUAAAAUUUAUAGAAAUGAGUAUGCUAAAAAUGGCAUCGCGGUCGUUACCGCGAACAGUGCUUAGGACCAUAAAUACUUGUGUAGAAAAAUGUGUGUCUGAGGCACCUAUUGCACAAAGGGGGAUUUGUCAGGGGGUCAAAGUUAUUCGUAAAUAUAGCAUAAAUAAGCAAGCGUUAGAAAGGGGGAAUACAUUUAGAGCUUAUAAUCAAAGGUAUUUCCAAACGUCAGCAACAGUAUUUGAUCUUCAGACAGUCAAAGUACCACCCUUUGCUGAUUCUGUGUCAGAGGGAGAUGUUAGGUUCGAACGAAAAGUGGGCGAUCAUGUGGCCGCCGAUGAAGUCGUGUUGGAAAUCGAAACUGACAAGACUUCGGUGCAGGUACCCGCCCCCGGUCACGGUAUCAUCAAGGAGUUCCUGGUCGCCGACGGCGAGACCGUUAAGGCUGGUCAGGAAUUGUUCAAAAUUGAAGUGACUGGCGAAGCACCUGCGAAGGGAGGUGAUGCUCCCAAAGCUGCUCCUCCACCGGCUGCCGCUCCGCCACCACCUACUCCACCACCGCCACCACCAGCUGCUGCAGCUGCUGCCCCACCGCCACCACCACCACCGGCGGCCGCCAAACCAGCAGAACCAUCAGCUGGACCGCCAAAGAGGGCUGCACCUGUAAGUUCGAUUCCAGUCGCUGCAAUCAGACAUGCCCAGUCUUUGGAAGCGGCCACCGUCAAAUUGCCACCCGCCGACUUCACCAAAGAGAUCACCGGCACCCGUACCGAGCAGCGCGUCAAAAUGAACCGCAUGCGACUCAAGAUCGCCGAACGGCUUAAGGAAGCUCAGAAUGUUAACGCUAUGUUGACCACCUUCAACGAAAUCGACAUGACAAACAUCAUGGAAUUCAGAAAGCAACACCAAGAGGCGUUCCAGAAGAAAUACAAUCUUAAAUUGGGUUUCAUGUCGGUGUUCCUUAAGGCAUCCGCUUACGCUCUUCAGGAUCAGCCUACCGUCAACGCUGUCAUCGAUGGCCAGGAGAUAAUCUACCGCGACUACGUGGAUAUUUCGGUGGCCGUUGCCACGCCUAAAGGUUUGGUCGUGCCCGUUGUCAGGAACGUUGAGAAGAUGACACUGGCCGACAUAGAAAUCGCCAUGGCACAAAUGGCCGAGAAAGCCAGGAAAGGACAAUUGGCUGUUGAAGACAUGGACGGAGGUACCUUCACUGUGAGCAACGGAGGAGUCUUCGGUUCACUCAUGGGCACUCCCAUCAUUAACCCACCUCAAUCUGCCAUCUUGGGCAUGCACGGUACUUUUGACAGGCCCGUUGCUGUAAAAGGACAGGUCCUUGUUAGACCAAUGAUGUACAUUGCUUUGACCUACGAUCAUAGGUUGAUUGACGGUCGUGAAGCUGUGACCUUCUUGCGCAAGAUCAAGGCAGGUGUUGAGGAUCCACGCAUCAUCCUCGCCGGACUUUAAACUGCCCCCUAUAAGUAAACAGAAUAAUUUAAUUGUAAAAAUCCACUUACCUGUAAAAUACGACAUUGCAAAACUGCACACAAACAAUUUUGCAGUCUUGCAAUCGACGUAUUUAAUGCACCGAUUAAUUCAGAUUGUAAAUUAUGUAAGUAUUGUGUAAUUUUAAUUUUAUUUUUUAAAUGUAUUAAAUGGAGUCAAAGGAAAACGGUGAACAAGAUGCUGAUGUAACGAGUUAUCACUUAAAAUUUUAUUUAUUUGCAACAUGUUGAUUCAUGUUUUGAUAUUAGGACAAAUAGAGUCCACAAUGUAUUAUUUGUUAAAUAUACAAAUUUGAAUUAAUACAA